GCAUUUAAUGAAGCCCCCCCAAACGUGGCUUCAAGCUACUAGAACGCAGGCGCCCCCGACACCCUUAAUCUUCUCCUCUGUUCCUCUGCUGAAGAAUUUGGCCUUCACGAUGACAGGCUGUUUUGGGAGUUUUCCCUUUCCCAAAACUUUGUAGUAGCCCGAUCGCACCACAUCAAUGAUAGGAGCAGCUCCAGUCUUGUUUUUGGCGGCAUUUACCCGUGUCUGCUCACUCACCAAGGUCCACGGUUUAUCAAGGUUGACAGUUGGGCAGAAGCUCUGGUUCCUCUUUAAGUGGUAAUGUCUCAUACCAACUUUUCCAAAGUAACCUGGGUGACAUUUGUCGAAGUUUCCUGUGGUGAUGCAUGCCACCAGCACUACCCCGGCCUCCUGGGUGCUUCCGGUGCUUGCCGAUGUGGCCGUGGCCGUGGCUCACGUGGCCCCGAAGUUUCCGGGUCUUCCUCAGUCUGGAUGGCAUGUCGGCAGCCCAGACGGAAAAGCUGUCUUUUACUUAAUGAUUUACAGAAGUUUUAAAAUCUAUCCUGCGUUUGGGGCCAUUGUUGGGCAUAUGUAUGGAGACUAUUUUCUCCCUGCCUGUGGCUUGCCUCUCGAUUCUCUGAACGGGUCUUUUGGGGAACUGAAGUUCCUAAUUUUAAUGAAGCCCCAAUUUAUCAGUCUUUUCGUUUAUGGUUACUAUCUUUUCUGUCCUUGGUUUGAUGUAAGAAAUCUUGGCCAAUCCCAAGUCCGGACAUGCCGGUCAGUGGUAGCUAAGAGCUCACUCUCUAGAGCCCAGAGAUCUGGUUUUGAACCUCAGUCCUGCCGCUUUCCUGAGCCUCCGUUUCCCCAUCUGUAAAGGGGGUGUGCCUCGCCGGGGGACUGUUAGGAACACAGAUGAGCUAACACAUGUGAUGAGCUUCGGUCAGUGUUAACAGGGGUUGGUUUUUUCCCACUGUUGAGAGCCUUAUCUGGGCUCUUCUAGGAUUCAGGCACCCACCUGAAAGGACAGUUGAUCAUUUGCUUCCCAGAGUCUGGCCACUGCAUCCCACUCCCUGGACACUUGGCAGAAACAUGUAUCCCCAGCUGCCCAGCCCCCAGACCAACUCUCAGGUCUGGGGCCGGCCCUGUCCCCAGGGGCUUUUAGUGCCCUCCCCAGUAUGGGAGCUCCAGUCUGGCCUAGCCCUCUCAUCUGACUGAGCCGGGGAGAGGAGGAGAGGGAGCCCGAGGCCCGAUCUCCCCAACGCCCACGCCUUCCCCUCCCCCUCACAUCCUUCUCUGCACACAGCGUAAGCACCCACCCACCCCCGUCCUGUGUUUCAGUGGGGACGCCUUACUACAUGUCACCGGAGAGGAUCCACGAGAACGGCUACAACUUCAAGUCUGACAUCUGGUCUCUGGGCUGUCUGCUGUAUGAGAUGGCAGCUCUCCAGAGCCCCUUCUAUGGAGAUAAAAUGAACCUCUUCUCCCUCUGCCAGAAGAUCGAGCAAUGUGACUACCCGCCUCUCCCUGGAGAACAUUACUCUGAGAAGUUACGAGAACUGGUCAGCAUGUGCAUCUACCCCGACCCCAACCAGAGACCCGACAUCGGCUAUGUGCACCAGGUUGCCAAACAGAUGCACGUGUGGACUUCCAGCACCUGAACGUGGACGCAGCACGCCUUCUCAGAGCCGCACCACUUUGCCUUACUUGAGUCUUCUCUCCGAAGUGGCCGCCUGGUAGCCUAGAUCAUCAACUAAGACAAGAGGGUUCGGCGGGUUCCCCAGAGGGGACCCCGGGCUUCACAGCAGGUGCUGAAUGCAGAGCAGCUGGGGGGAGGGGCACUGGUCACAGGGUCACUGGUGGUCACAUUCGGAAGUCCUUUCUUUAAACUGUUUGUGGACAAUCUCAGCUGGCUUGUUACCAAGGCGAGUGGUUCGGCGAGCCACCGACGACGUACCCCUUGUAUCUGGAUUGUAAUGUGAAUCUUUAGGAUAAUUCCUUCAGUGACCUGUCAAGGUUUAUAAGAACAGGAGAAUUGCAGGAGACUGUGUGACUUGUCGUGAGCCUUUCAAAUUGGUUAUAGCAAGUUCAGUUUAGCUCUUAGAAUCUUUUCAAAAAAAUCAAGCUGUGUGCUUGCUCUGUUGUAAAAGCAUAAAAUGGAAAUAAUUUUUUUAAAGUAGAGUGGAGAUUUUCCUAAUAUUUUUAUCUACGUUUAUAACAUGAUGAAUGACGAUGAGGAGAACCCAGCAUCUGGCACAGAGUUUCAGAAGGCAACCGGUAUUUCGUGAGCCAGGGGUGUCUUCUGCGCAGCUCCGCCCAGCCCUCCCCUCCUGAGCACCUGCUCGGUCCCAGGCGCCUCAAGCCCUCCCUCCACCACCUGCUGGAAGGCGGGCAGUUCAUUUAACAGUGUUAGGCGUUCUCCUCUGUGGGAAGGAAGCACGGGAUACCAAAAAUAGAAAUAUAAACCAUGCCCUCAGGCCGUCCUCUGUACCAAGUUCUGGUUCUGCAACUGCCUACCAUGACCCUGGGCGACUCUCUCAGCCUCUCUGAGCCUUAGUUUCCUCAUCUGUAAAAUGGGACUAAUAGUAUCUACCUUCAGCCUUGCUGGCAGAAUUGGAAAUAAAAUAGGCAAGUGACCCAGCACAUUGCAGAUGAUCCAAAAAUGGUAGCCACUCACCCACCCCUUCACAAAACUGAAGUCCAUGGACCAUGUAAGUAAGUACGUAAGAAUUAACGUACAACUACAUUAUAUGCAUAGGAAACCAGAACUAUGUUCAUUUAUUUCUUGUUCCCAAAUAGGAUUAACUGUGAAGACUAAUUUAUAAAUGUGAACUUAAGGAAAACUCAAGCUCUGAAGGAAAUAGUUUGAAUUCUGCUUUUCUACUCAAGUUAAUCCUCAAAUGGUCUAAGUUGUCACCCAUCGACUUGGUGACAGUUCAGCCCUCCAGAUAGAGACAUGCCCGCCCACUCAGCGUUCCGGUCAGGUGCUCUGAUUGCUGCCAACUUGCUGACCAGGGGCCCAGGCCUCCCUGGGGAUAAAGGACUUGGGCUGGGCCACUGCUCUGUUUCCAUGUGUGAACUCUGUUCUACUGUAACCCUGUCGGGUUUGAGACAUUUUCUUCAGAUGCAACCUUUGCUUUGUACUUGUUCUCCAUGUUUGAAAUAAAAUGGGGUAAGAGGGGUCACUUCUGUGA